GUAUGUACCCAUAGUGUGUUAUGAGCCUACAAAACUAACAUAUCAUCAGUUUCGAUGACUAAAAUCAAAUAUCAUUCAGGUAAAUGUGAAGAGGUAUAUUUGAAAAAAAGGUUACCGAGCUAACAUAUAAUUUCGUCUACUACAACUUUCAAACAAUUGAACAUUCGAUAUUAAGCUAUUUUUAACACGACUGCAUGUCAUAGUUAUUGGACUCGUAAUUAUACCUACACUUUUUACAGUGUGUAAUUUCAAAGUGAUUGUAUCUGUGGAAGUGAAAGGGUAAAUUUUUUUAAAUUCUAAAAUGUACUUCGUAACCUUGUUCAUUUUGAUAAUUUCAAUUCAGUUGGGAUCAGGCCAAAACACAUGCCCUUCAGAUUCCCUCAGCUCAUUUCAUUCGCAACCUGAAUCAUGUGCUUUCUGUGCUUCAGUAGAAAAAGGAAAACCUAUCGUUAUCGGUGCUCAAUCAACAGAAAAACAGAACAUAGGCGACCAGUGUUUCUCGCAGCCAAUAGAAUGCAAUCCCGAGUAUAAAUAUAGAUAUCCUGACGGUAGAUGCAAUAAUCUGAAACAUUUAUCAUGGGGUAUGACAAAUCAUACCAUAGUACGUCUGCAACCUGCUGCAUAUUCCACCAAUCCCAAUGAUCCGCCAGGAUCUCAGCGUGUCUCAGCUUCAGAUAAUGUAUCUCCAUUAACGAGUCCUAGAGUAAUUUCGAAUAGAUUUUUUCCAGAUAUUCGAUCUUCGAGCCCAAAAUUUACAAUGGCUUUUAUGACAUUGAGUCAGUUUAUGACUCACGAUGUACUUUCGCGAAAAUUGAGAGAGCCUCCGCCAGAUGGGUGUUGUAAGAAUGGCACUAUGAAGGUGCCUCCAAACCAAUGGAAUUCCGGAUGCUUAUCGAUGGAUAUACCUGAAGAUGAUCCUUACUAUAACCAACACGAACAGAUAUGUUAUCAGCUUCCCCGAGCUCAAUUUUCUACUGAUAUGGGCUGCAAAUUAUGCAAAAUUGAACAACUCAAUAAUGUAAAUUCUUACGUGGACGCUUCUGCUUUAUACGGAAAUUCGGAUGAAAUUUCAAAAAAACUCAGAUCAGAAUUCAAAGAUGGAAAACUCAAAUUCGAAACUAUUCCGGAUGGUCGAGUAUUUUUACCAUGUUUAGAUAAACCAAACCCAUUAUGUUUCUUAGACUCUAACAAAGCAGGAUGUUUCAAAUCGACUGACUUUGGAGUAAAUCAAAACAUCCAGUUUAUGGCACUUCAUGUUGUACUUUUGAGAGUACAUAACAAACUUUGCGACGAGUUGAAAAAAAUAAAUGCUCAGAUACCCGAAUGGCAAACAGAUGAGAAACUUUAUCAAGAAGCCAAGAGAAUCCUCAGUGCUAUAUUGCAACAUAUAAUGUUUGGACGUAUUUCUGAAAUUAUAUUCGGUAAAGAAUGCGCAAAAAUUUACGGUUUCAGUGAACCGAAUGGUGAAAAUUAUUUUUCCGGUUAUGACCAGGAGAUAAAUGUUCAAACAACUGCUGAAUUUCAACACGUGGCAUUCAAAACAUUUCAUGGAUUAGUUGAAGGAAAUCUGCUAUUAUACAACGAUGACAGAGAAAUAGUAGGUCAAAUCAAUUUCAGCGACUGGUAUAACAAUCCUACUUUUCUCAAGCAACCCGGAAAUUUAGAUAAAAUAUUAAUCGGUCUGAUUACUCAACCUUUGAGAAAUUUCAACAGAUUCUACACAAAAGCUCUGACAAAUGAAUUUUUCAAACAACUAAAUCAUAAUAAAUAUGGAGCUGACUUAGCCGCUAUAGAUAUCCUCAGAUCGAGAGACUGUGGAAUUCAACCAUACAUCUACUUUUCCAUCCUAGCAGGCUACCCAAUUGCUAAAGAUUUUCAAGACCUGUCUGAUCGAAUUGAGCCAAAACUAAUUGAACAACUAAGAAAAACAUACAAGUCGGUAGCCGACAUCGAUGCUAUAGUAGGUGUUAUGUUGGAAGCCCCUUUUGGAGAUUCUUUAGUUGGAAAAACAUUACAUUACGUGAUUGCUGAACAAUUCAGGAGGUAUAAAUUCGGCGAUUCAUUUUUCUACUCGUUUGAAGGUAGAGGGCAAUUUACACCAGGGCAACUGGAAACCAUAAGGUCAUCUUCGUUGGCGUUUUUAAUAUGCUAUGGCAGCGAUAAUAUUCAACAUGUGCAAAAAGAUGCGUUUACUUUAUCUGGAGACGGACCUCUGGAAGACUGCAGUAAAAUAGUGGAUGAUUUUAUCAAGCAAAUUAGGAUGAAUUGGAUGGAAAAGAGCAACUAAUAUGUCACAAAAAUAUAAGAAUCUCGUCUAAAAUA